UAUAAUUUAUAUUUUAUAGUACGUCUUCUACCAAUAAUUAAUACUUGAAUUUGAAUACUUCGAACAUCCAUCCUCGACCUAAGAGUUAGGAGAUAAAUCGUGGUUGAGUGGUUCACAAUCUUGUAAUAAUGAAAGUACUUUUCUUGUAAAAUAUAAAUUACAUUUUUAAUUGUAGUUUUUAGAAACUAUCAUCAUUGAUUAUUUAUUUUCUUUAUCUAUGUCUAUGUUUCAUACUAAAUGACUGACAUUUUUAAAGAUUUGAGCGAUAUUUGGGAUAGGCUGUUUAGUCACCGUCCAUUUUUGCAAGGAGAAAUUAAGUAUUUUUUAUCAGAAUUUGAUAAAAAAUCAUAUAGAGCUGAUGAAGAAAAUCUAAAAAAAAUCAGUGAACUCGUUAGUGAUUUAAAAGAAAAGAAAAUUGAAAGAUUUUUGCAAUCAAGUGGUGAAAAUUUAUUUUUAUUGAAUUCUGCCAUUAAUGAAGCUUUGAAUUUGAGUCAAGCAAUUUUGGAUCAAGAAAAUAACAUAAUUUCAGAAGAAGACUUGAAAACUAAAGAAGAAUUUCACGAAAGACGUCAAAGAGAAUUGGAAACAUUUAAGUCUGAUUUGAAAACUAGAUAUGAAAGUAUAGAUAAAGAUAUUGAAGAUAAGGUAGAAGCAAUUAAAAUACAUUUUGAAGAAGACAUAAAUAAACUUAUUGCUGACAAUCAGUAAAAUAUGGAUUAUAAAAUUAAAAUAAAAACUGAUCCCCAGUUUUUGGAUCUGUUUAAGAAAAUUGAAAAGUCCAAAGUUGACAUUCCUGCCCAUGUCAGUGAAUGUUUUUCUGUUAAAAUGUUAGACCUAGAAGCCUUCAAGUGGUUUAGUGAAAAUUUGAAAAAAAUUGAUGGUCCCCCUCUACACACAUUAAUCACUGAAGAUAGUAUAGUCUUACCUAGUCCACCAAUUGUCGAGUCGAGUCCAGAGUACAAAGAAAAAAUGAGAAAAUUGGAGCAACGUCUAAAGAAUAAAGAAUAUGAUGCUAUGACAAAAAAUGUAGAUUUUCGGAGAGUUAGACUACCCGAAGAUACAAUUUCUUAUCAAAUUAAACAAAUUAAUAGACAGUUGAUAGCAGUCCUUCAAUUUGUGAUUUCAACAGCUGCUGGUUUUUUAUUCGGAUUUUUGGGUAUUGAGUUAAUGCUAAGUACAACCUUUGAUUUAGGUUUUAAGUUAUUGUUGGGAAUCAUAUGUGCUUUAAUUAUAGCAUUAGCUGAAAUUUACUUUUUAGCCAAAAAAUUAUCUGAAGAUUUUGAGUCAUUAGAUACAACUGGUGGCAAAGUGCAUCAAGAUUAAUUGUUGUAGUUAAUUUAUCUAACUAUUUCUUAUUUUUCUCAAAUUAUUAAAAUUCUAAAAACUGUUUAAAACUAUGGGGCAAGAAGUGUUUAUGUUAUUGUCUAUUAAUUUAUAUAUGCAAAAUUGAUAAAACAUUUCUUUAUUUUAUAAAAAUAUUAAUUGGUUUUAAUUGUUAAAUUAUUUAAAUACUGCUUUAAAUAUAUUUUUUUUAUGGAUGUAGACAUGUAGCAUUGUAAUAUAGUUGUAAAGUUUGCAGAUUUGAUCAAUGAAAGUUUUACAUAUUGAAUAUAAUAUUUAUAAAUGUUUUAACUUUUGUAUUAAAAUGGCGCAAAUGUGUUGUUAAUGGACUGUCUGACUGAUUCCAAUUAUUAUUGUAUAAUACUUCAAUACCUAUUUUACGAUUUUAUUAUUUUGUUUUAAUGAAUGUUCAUUAUGAACAGUGGCAUCAUUUGAGUUUUAUUAUAGGGAUUUCACGCUUGAAAGUCAUUACCUACUUGACAUUUUUUUUUUUGUGAAGCUGACAUUGAAAAUAAAAUUUUGAAAAUCAAUGAA